AUGUAUGAAACCAAUCCGGCAUUGACAAGGAGUUCGGCUCGAAAAUCUCGAAUAACUGAUAGCUUUUUCGAAGCGAAAGAGAAGCUUGAGGAAAUAAUAGAAUCGCAUAAGGAUGAAAAGCUAAUUCCACCUUUUGAAGGUUCUUCGCCAGGUCAAACAAUUAUUACACUUUCGAAGGAUUUCAUUAAUCACACUCUUGGUAUUGAGCUAUUACCUAUCUACGAUUUAAAUCAUAUCAAUCGUUUACGAGCUGUUGAAAUUUGUAAAAUCGAUAGCGAAGGUCGAGUAGCUGCGGAUGGCAGAAUAAAAGUCGGUGAUCAUAUCACUGAAAUUAAUCAAAGACCUGUUUACCAGCUUGAUUAUGAUUUUUAUGGUUUUAAACUAAUCAUGUCGACGUUUCAGAUGUCAAUCUCGAGAGCUCAAGCCUAUCUUCAUGAAAUCCAGUCAACGCCUCAUCCCUCGCUGACAAUUGACCGACCUGUUGAAUCCUUUCUGAACUCAGGUUUCCUCGUUCAUUUGUCCCCUUGGUUUUUUUUGAACAUUUAG